GGCUCCUGGCCGCUUUCCGCCACGUCUGAGGCGGCGUGAUCUGACCCUCGGCGGCCGCCGUCGGUUCCUGCCGUUCUGCCGGGUGCUGGCGGCCGCGCUGAGGCGGAGCUGCCGAUCCGGAGCGCUGCCGCCGCCAUGAGCCGCAGCUACAACGAUGAGCUGCAGUACCUGGACAAGAUCGACAAGAACUGCUGGCGGAUCAAGAAGGGCUUCGUGCCCAACAUGCAUGUGGAAGGCGUUUUCUACGUGAACGACCCCCUGGAGAAGCUGAUGUUCGAGGAGCUGCGCAAUGCCUGCCGCGGCGGAGGUGCAGGUGGCUUUUUGCCUGCUAUGAAACAGAUUGGAAAUGUGGCUGCAUUACCUGGCAUUGUUCAUAGAUCAAUAGGCCUUCCAGAUGUCCAUUCUGGUUAUGGGUUUGCCAUUGGCAACAUGGCUGCCUUUGAUAUGAAUGAUCCUGAAGCAGUGGUGUCACCAGGUGGUGUCGGAUUUGACAUCAACUGUGGUGUCCGCUUACUGCGUACAAAUUUGGAUGAAAAUGAUGUGCAGCCUGUGAAGGAGCAGCUUGCCCAGGCUAUGUUUGACCACAUCCCUGUUGGUGUCGGCUCCAAAGGUGUCAUCCCCAUGAAUGCCAAGGAUUUGGAAGAGGCACUAGAGAUGGGUGUGGACUGGUCUCUCCGGGAAGGCUAUGCCUGGGCAGAGGACAAGGAGCACUGUGAGGAAUAUGGAAGAAUGCUGCAGGCUGACCCCAACAAGGUCUCCUCAAGAGCAAAGAAGAGGGGCCUGCCUCAGCUGGGAACCCUGGGAGCCGGAAAUCAUUACGCCGAGAUCCAGGUCGUGGAUGACAUUUACAACGAAUAUGCUGCCAGGAAGAUGGGCAUCGACCACAAAGGGCAGGUGUGCGUGAUGAUCCACAGUGGCAGCAGAGGCCUGGGCCACCAGGUUGCCACAGAUGCAUUGGUGGCUAUGGAAAAGGCUAUGAAACGGGACAAAAUCAUAGUGAAUGAUCGCCAGCUGGCGUGUGCCAGGAUUGCCUCCACAGAGGGACAGGAUUACUUGAAGGGAAUGGCAGCUGCUGGAAACUAUGCAUGGGUCAACCGCUCUUCUAUGACUUUUCUAACAAGACAGGCCUUUGCCAAAGUCUUCAACACAACCCCAGAUGACCUUGAUAUGCAUGUUAUCUAUGAUGUGUCUCACAACAUUGCCAAAGUGGAGCAACAUGUAGUGGAUGGAAAGGAGCGGACUCUGCUGGUGCACAGAAAGGGAUCAACCAGGGCCUUCCCUCCUCACCAUCCUCUUAUUGCUGUUGAUUAUCAACUGACUGGACAACCUGUUUUGAUUGGAGGGACCAUGGGCACCUGUAGCUAUGUUCUUACUGGCACGGAGCAAGGCAUGACUGAGACCUUUGGAACUACCUGCCAUGGAGCUGGUCGUGCGCUGUCUCGAGCCAAAUCUCGGCGUAACUUGGACUUCCAGGAUGUAUUGGACAAGCUGGCUGACAUGGGCAUUGCUAUCCGUGUUGCUUCGCCCAAACUGGUCAUGGAAGAAGCACCAGAGUCUUAUAAGAACGUGACAGAUGUGGUUAACACCUGCCACGCAGCUGGCAUCAGCAAGAAAGCCAUUAAACUGCGACCUAUUGCUGUUAUAAAAGGCUAGGAACUGACAAAGCAACAGAAGCACAGCGACAUCUCCAGGCCUUACGCAAAACUGACUAGAACCACCAUCUUCCCGCACCUCUUGGACUCUGUAGGAUGCUCAGAUAUCACAUCCCUGUUCUGGAAAAACAACAGUUGCGAAUACUCAUAUUUUUAACCACUCCUCAGUAUAAUUAAUGCCCCCUCCCUCCUCCUUGUUAUAUGGUGUUCUUUUCUUGUGAGGAAAGGGCAAAGAAAUAAGUAAGUCUUGGGUUUUAUAUGCAGUCCCUCCCCCCUUUGCCUGAUGAUUCUACAGGCAGGACUUCAGACUUGCCCGAGUUGUCACUAAUUGCUGUGCUGCAAGACCACCUCCAUCAGCGAAGACGGCGUAUGAACCAGACCUGCUGUCUCCACACCUGAGUGCCUGGAGCUCUUUCUGCAUAUAGAAGUACUCUGAUAGGCAGGGUAUAGUGCUUCUGGGCAGGGAGAGGUUGCUCUGUUUGGAGAUACCUUUAUGCAUAGUCUAUAUUGUUGCAUGUUUUGUGGCAAUUGGGUAAGAAAUAUGGAGUUGGGAGUGGUCUCCGGCUUGGGUUGAGAGGGUCUAGCUAGGCUUGAGGCACAGUCCUCCUCUUUUCCCCCACCCUCUCCCAUUUAACACAGCACCUGGUGUACUUGGCUCAGUACAAGUAAGUGUUCCACAGUCUUGUGGAAACGCUAGUAGGGCUGAGAAUGUUGCUUUGAAAGGUUUUGUUUGCCCAGUAAAAGUUGUGACUUAACAACUUAUAGAUUUGCUAAUCCAACAUGUUGCAAAGUCCUAAGCGUGUAAAAGUUGGAUUGGGUAAUACUGCUCCCUGUAUUCUGCAGCUCUGAUUUGAGUGAGUGCAAUUGCAGGGUCAGGCCCAGUAAGAUGCGACUCCUGAUGUUUCUUUUCCAUUCGUUAACCGAGACUGGAGGGGAAGCUGACCGUCCCUGCAGGAUCAUUGGGGACUACAAAUAAAAUGGGAAGAUGAACGCUG